CCCGACGACCUUUCCCAGUUGGCCUCUCUUCUCGUGUCCACCGUCAUGUCAAGCGCCACCCUCGUGCACCGUCAUGUGUUUGGGCUCAAGACGACCAACGCGAACAACGUCGUGUACGUAGACGACCAGUUGGUCGCGUAUCCUGCUGGCCACAGCAUCGUCGUGUACGGGAUCGACGACAAGAAGCAAAAGUUCAUCACGUGCACGGAAAACACCGAGGGCAUCACAUCGAUAUCCGUGUGCGCGAGUCGGCGGUUCAUUGCAAUCGCGGAAAAGAGCGAGCGCGGGGUUGUGAGCAUCUACGACUUGAAAACGCUCAAGAAGCGCAAGGUGCUGACCACAUCCGACUGCCUCAGCAAGACAUACGUGAGCAUGGAGUUCAGUACGGACAACCAGCUGCUCCUGACGCAGGGCGGGGCCCCCGACUGGGCCCUCGUGUGCUGGAACUGGUCCAAGGGCAAACCGGUGGCCACUAUCAAACUCGCCCCCGCGGGCACCACGUCAUCUUCAACAUCAAGCAGCAACAACAACGUGGUCACGCAGUGUUCGUUUAGCAACGUGGACCCGUCCAUCGUGUGCUGCACGGGGCUCAACAUGAUCAAGUUCUUCCGCAUCGUGGACACCGCGUUCCGACCCAUGCCAAGCAGCCGCGUCGACGCGCAGAACUUUCUCUGCCACGCCUGGCUCAAGCAAAAAGAAGACGAAGUCGUCGUGGGCACCGCCACCGGCGACUUGCUCUUGUUCCGAGCGGGUGAGUUUAUCUGCAGACUCAUGGCGUCGCCCAGCGACAGUCGAUGCAUCACGUCGAUCGUUGCGACGAGCAAGGGUCUUGUUUGCGGCACGGACAAGGCUACGGUGUCGCUGUUUGUGGUAAACCCGGACCGCAACACGCCGCCCGCAGACACGUUGACGUUUACGAAAUCGCUCAAGAUCGAAAGCAUGCCGUCGCGGGUGACGGGACUGACUGUCAGCCCGAAUGAAGAGACAAUCGUGGCCGCCGUAUCCAGCUCGCAGCUGUACAUGUUUCCGUACCAGACCAAGGAGUCGUUCAAGACGGAAGAGAUCGAGUUUUUAGUCACGCCGUUCCACCGGCCGGGCGAGUCGGGGCAGCUCCAUGUCACGGGCAUGGAUGUGUGCGUGCGGAAACCUACAAUCGUCACGUGCGGGCUCGACAAAAGUGUUCGGGUGUGGAACUAUAUUGAUCGGACAUGUGAAGUCCACAAACAGUUUACUGAAGAAGCGCACAGCGUGUCGAUGCACCCGUCGGGUCUUCAAAUCCUCGUCGGGUUUGCCGACAAGUUGCGACUCAUGAAUGUACUCAUGGACGACAUUCGACCGUACAAGGAGUUUACGAUUAAAGCGUGCCGCGAGUGCCAGUUCAGCACGGGGGGGCAUAUGUUUGCCGCGGUGAACGGCAAUACAAUUCAAGUGUUUUCCAUGAACACGUGCGACCUCGUGGCCAACUUGCGCGGCCACAACGGCAAAGUACGAAGCAUUUACUGGAACUACGACGACUCGGGUUUGAUCUCCGCCGGGAUGGACGGUGCCGUGUACCAGUGGGACUUGGACGAGUCCAAGCGCGAAGGCGAGUUUGUCCAGAAAGGCGUGCCGUACUACUCAGCCGUGUGUAACCGCGAAGGUACGUCGGUGUUUGCGGUUGGGUCGGACAAGAUGCUCAAGGAGAUCGAGUUUCCCGCCAGCUCCCUGAGCAAAGAGUUUAACGCCGAUGUAACGUUGGGCCAAAUCGUCAUGGCCAACUCUCAGCGAAUGCUGUUUGCGGGCGCAACCGAAGCCGACAAACUUGGGACUGUGCGGUCGUACAAGUUUCCACUGACGGGCGAGUUCACCGAGUUCCAGUGCUUGAAUGGCCCUAUUACACGGAUGCGCAUCUCGUUUGACGAUUUGUACCUGCUCGUGUGUGGGGAAGACGGCGUCGUGUGUAUUUUUGAAAUUCGCGACAAGGAAGGGCGGGCGCGCGCCAAGGACGGCCGCGAAAACACUGUCUUUGCCGAAGAAAUCUUGGUGACCAAGAGCGACCUCGAAGAAAAGAACACGCUCAUGAUCGAGUUGAAAAACAAAGUGGACGAACUGACGCUCCAUAACGAGUACCAGUUGCGCCUCAAAGACAUGAACUACAACGAGUACUUGAAGGAGUUGACGGAAAAGUUCACCCACGAAAUCGAGCAAGAAAAAAAUAAGUACGAAGUGCUCCGUGAAGACAAGAACGACAUUGAAAUGGAGUACGAGGAACGGGUCAAACAGAUCGAAGAAAAGCAUCAGCAGCAGAUGCAGGAGAUCGAGGCCGACUACCAGCAAAAGAUCAUGAAAGAGGUCGAGAAGUACCAAGACGUGCUCCAUCAACGCGAAUUGCAGCGCAGUCGAUGGCAGCAAGAGCAGCAUGCCCUCGUGAGCACCCACGAACGGUACGUUGCCGAAGUGACCGAGGACUUUGAGCAGAGGUUGGACGAAGAUCGCCAGUUGCGCAUGCAAAUGGAAGACGAGCGCGAAGAGCUGCACAAGGAGUUUAGCGAGACCAAAAAACAACUGGAGGAGGAUGUCGACGAAGAGAUCGAGUCGUUGAAAAAGCGGUACGAGGACAAACUGGCGGCAGAGCGGGAGGCCACUUUGCGCUACAAGGGCGAGAACGGGAUCAUGAAGAAGAAGUUCACGGCAUUGCAAAAGGACAUUGAGGACCAGCGAGAUGAAAUCAAGAAUUUGUUGGAGAAAGAAAAGGAUCUCAUCGAGCAAAUCAAAGCUCUGGAGAAGGAGAUCCAGUCGCUCAAGCGGGAAAUUCGCGGCCGAGACGAAACGAUUGGCGAAAAAGAAAAACGCAUUUACGAUUUGAAGAAAAAGAACCAAGAGUUGGAAAAGUUCAAGUUUGUGCUCGAUUACAAGAUCAAGGAACUGAAGCGGCAGAUCGAGCCGCGCGAAAACGAAAUCUCCGACAUGAAGGACCAGAUCAAGGAAAUGGACCGCGAACUCGAACUCUUCCACAAGAGCAAUGCGCAGCUGGAUAUUAUGAUUGGCGAGCAGCGCAAGCGCCUGGACAAGAUGCAGCACGACAUUACAAGGAACCGCAAGGUCAUUGGCGACCAGCAAUCCCUCAUUCGACGGUUUCGGUGUGAUUUGCACGAUUGCGUGCAGAGCAUUCAAAACCCCAAGGAUUUGGCUCAAAAGGUGGCUAUUUUGUAUCAAAAGUACGUGACCACCGACAUCAACGUGGGCGACGUGGACUUGGACAUCCAGCACGAAUAUACCCGUCAAAAGGAAUACUUGGAAAAGUCGGUGGAGGUGCUCAAGCGCAAGUACGCGCACGACGUGACGGCGCAUCAAGAAGACAACAACCACGCCCGCAGCGACAACUUGGCGCUGAUCCAAGAGAUCAACGAGCUUCGAACAGCGCUCAAUGUGAGCAAGGCGGCACUGCAGAAGGACAAGGCGAUCCUCGGCACGCGCGAGUACUUCACCAAGAAAAGUGGCAUCGACGACGACGUGGGCAAGGUCGUGGAGAAUCAGCGGCACGAGAUCGAUGCGCUGCGACGCUCCAUCAAAGCCAUGGAGGAACGCUUGGACACGGCGCGGACCGGCGGUAUGUUGCCCCCCAUGCGCGGCAUCGACGGGUGAGCGUUUCACAAGUGUAAAAUGUUCAUCCAAGCGUUCUGUCCAAUACGUACUCCAGAGUACUUUUUAGGGGUCAGUCUGGACCAGGCACGACAAAAGUGGCUCGAAAUACAUCAGUUUUCAUCCAUUUUCAAUGCAGUUGGUCAAUAAAAAACUGCGAAUCGAUUCUAAUAAAUCAUCCAUUCGAAGUGUCA